GACACGCACACGAGAGCCCUACCCAGGCCAGGAGAGCCUAUAAAAGCGGGAUGCGACUCUGAGCAACACACAUAAAUCCAACAGGAGACGCUUGGAGACCUGGUCCCUGAAGGACAGCUCGCAAACUGCGUGUUGAGAUGAGGGGCUUUACGCUGAAUAACGUUUGCCAGUGUGGCUUAUUUACUUAUCUCGUCUUAUUUUCGUUCGUGUCUUUUACCACUGCAGUCAGCUUCGACCUGACUGAGCUUAGGAAUAAAGUUGCAAAAAUAAAAGUGAAUCCAAGAGGCAAUCUUUGGGCUACAGGACACUUCAUGGGGAAGAAGAGCGUGAUGGAUCCCCCCCUGAUGCCCCCGGCGGAGGGGCCGGGCGAUGGGGCGCUGGAGGUCUCCCUCCCCGGGGAGCAGAGCGCGCUCGGACAGCUCUUCCAAGAGUUUCUGCGCGUGGCGUUACAAGCGCAGGUGGACACACACGAGAGUCGCUCCAAAAACCAGGAGGUGGACUUGUUGGCGAAAAUUUUGGAAAGCUACAUCCAAAGCAAAAAGUGAUACAGAAGAUGGAAGUCUGGCACGCAUACACAUCUGACCUCAUGGGUUAGAAAUGAAUCAACUAGACACACAGUACAGUCUCCUGCUCAUCAUGAUUGUAAUCUACUGUAACUAUCACUGGAUACUUCUACAGCUCAUGUGCCAUUUGCAAUACCAAAUAAAUGUUUUUUUUCCCCCCUCAGUUGAUUUUGAGGAUGAUAUAUCA